UAGAUCCACGCGCACGCGCACUCGAGCCAUGACAAUUGUUGAUAAUCAACUGGAGUUAUUUUUUGCUUUAGAGUAAAAUAAUUUCAAGCCAGGCCCUUUCCCUCCGGGGGGCUCUCGGACCAUACCACAACGAACUUAAGAUACCGACUUGUAUGAAGGGCUAAUGGAAAACCCAAGGGAUAUGGCUGAGCACACUCCGCGCUCAGAGCGGAAGAGGAGAGAUUCGUUCGGGAUGUUUGACGGGUAUGACAGCUGCAGUGAAGACAGCAGUAGCAGCUCCAGCUCAGAGGACAGUGAGGAUGAAGUCCCCAGCAUCCCCGCCAGCCUGCCUAUCAUCAAAAACAACGGCCAGGUCUACACCUAUCCUGAUGGAAAAGCUGGAAUGGCAACCUGUGAGAUGUGUGGUAUGGUUGGUGUACGAGAUGCUUUCUACUCUAAAACAAAGAGAUUCUGCAGUGUAUCCUGCUCCAGAAGCUAUUCCUCCAAUUCUAAAAAGGCCAGUAUACUGGCAAGACUUCAGGGUAAACCACCAACAAAAAAGGCUAAAGUCUUACAAAAACAGCCAUUAAUGGCAAAGUUGGCAGCUUACGCACAGUAUCAAGCAAAUCAACAGAACCAAGCUAAAUCAAAAUCAGUGGUUCCUGUUGAAGGCUUUGACUGGGGCCGGUACAUUUGUAGCAAUAAUCUAGUUGGGGCACCAGUCAGCUGUUUCAAACAUGUGCCCAUGGGUAUGUGCUGGGGUGACAUAGCAGAGGGGGUGAGGGUGGAGGUCCUCAAUUCUGACACAAACCUCUCCACAAAAGUUUACUGGGUAGCAGGGAUUGUCAAACUGGCAGGUUUUAAAGCUCUUCUGCGCUAUGAGGGUUUUGAUAAUGACUCAAGCAGAGACUUCUGGUGUAAUCUGUGUAUCCCAGAAGUCCACCCUGUUGGAUGGUGUGCCUCUAGUGGAAAGCCACUGGUGCCUCCUAAAUCCAUCCAGCAUAAGUAUUCUAACUGGAAAGCGUUUCUUGUGAAACGACUCACUGGAGCCAAAACUCUUCCACCGGAUUUUGCCACAAAGGUUCAUGAGAACAUGCAGUACCCAUUUAAGAAACUGAUGCGUGUGGAAGUUGUGGAUAAGACCCACCUGUGUCGUACUCGCGUGGCCUUGGUGGAACAGGUGAUCGGCGGGCGUCUACGUCUGGUGUAUGAGGAGAGCCAGGACGGCACUGACGACUUCUGGUGUCACAUGUUCAGCCCACUCAUCCACUCCAUUGGCUGGUCACGAAGCAUUGGGCAUCGCUUUAAAAGAUCCGAGGUGAUGAAGAAAAUGGAGGGUCAGAUGGAUGCUCCCUCACAGUUGUUUCUUAAGGUUAAGGACGUGGAUCAGAGUGGGGAAUGGUUUAAAGAUGGAAUGAAGUUGGAGGCAAUAGACCCUCUAAAUCUCUCUGCUAUAUGUGUUGCUACUGUAAGAAAGGUGUUGGCAGACGGGUACCUAAUGAUCGGGAUUGAUGGUUCUGAGGCUGCUGAUGGGUCAGACUGGUUCUGCUACCACUCAACCUCUCCCUCCAUCUUCCCAGUCGGCUUCUGUGAAAUCAACAACAUUGAGCUCACACCCCCAAGAGGGUACACCAAACUCCCUUUUAAAUGGUUUGACUACCUCAGAGAAACGGGUUCAAUUGCAGCCCCUGUGAAGCUCUUUAACAAAGAUGUACCGAAUCACGGUUUCCGUACAGGGAUGAAGCUGGAGGCAGUGGAUCUGAUGGAGCCACGUCUGGUGUGUGUCGCCACAGUGACCAGGAUUGUACACAGACUCCUGCGUAUUCAUUUUGAUGGCUGGGAGGAUGAGUACGAUCAGUGGGUGGACUGUGAGUCUCCAGAUCUCUACCCUGUAGGCUGGUGCCAACUGACUGGCUAUCAGCUGCAGCCGCCUGCCGCACAGACCACAAGAGAAGCACCACCAAAUGUCUCAAAACAGAAAAAGAAGACGGCACAGUAUAAAGGACAAAAGAAAAAGAGGAAGAUUCCAGUUGGGAGGAGGCCGAUCGGUUUGGGUGGGCCUCUGAGGAGGAGGAGCUUCUCGGGUGAUGAAGAGCAGACUCCGCCCCAUUACCUGUCCCACUUCUCUGGGUCCGGGCGACCUCCCACCUCAGGUGUAGAGCAUGAUCGCUCUCUCAACUCAGAGGCCUCGCUGCAGUUAAAAGAAGAGACUCCCGAGAUCGAUGAGUUCACCUUCUCGCAGGGCAUCUCAGACCAGGAGAGCAACGGCUCCGGCAGUUACUACAUCCGACAGGAGCCCUGAGCAGCAUCAGCCAUCACAGAGUCUCACCUCACUGCCAACAGCACUGGAAAAAUCCCACUCUGAGCGAUGCACACGAGGCCUGGAAGAAAAGAACAGUGACUUUCUCUCACACCAGGUCUCUCUCUUUUCAUUUUUUGUUCCUUUUCAGGUUUGAACAGCUUGAAGAAAGGACUUCUCAGUCUUUGAUCCUAGAGAGAAGGGUGUGUAUAAAUGGUGGAUUUUGUUUGAAUUGGGGAUACUGUUGUUUGUCCUGAUGUUUUGUUUAAACAGUUUGCCCGAUGGACUUUUUCUCCUCAGUGUUCAUUGUACUUGAAGUUUUCUUCCCUUUUUUUUCUGUCUUUAUUUCCCCUUUUUGGUGAAAAGAAAAAAAAAGUUUUUUUGGGAGGGGAGGGGAGGGGAGGGGAGGGGGGGGGGUAAGAUUUCAGUACCUUGUGUGUUUCUUGCGCUGUUUCAUUUGUUUUGGGUGGGUGUGCAUUUGGUAAGAGUAGUAAAAAUCUAUAUUGAGACAGUAUAUUCAUAUAUGUAUGACAUUCAUAUUAAACACACAUAUAUAAAUAUUUAAACGUAUACAUAUAGUAGUUGAUUGAGGGAUGAUGGUAUUGAAAUCAAACCUUACUGGUAUGAAGAGUAGACUAAUGGAAAACACUCACAAUUUGCACUACAGGGAUUUUAAAAAAAAAAGAAAAAAAGAUGCAUUGGCCUGUAAAACGAUAGUAAAAACCUGCAGCUUUAUUGUAUUAUGUGAUUAUACUAUAAUUAUAGAAGUGGGAUGUGCUCAAGUCAAAGUGAAGAUUAUGAUAUGCAAAAAAAAAAAAAAAAAAAUGAAGUUAUUAUUCGACAUUUGACGCCAAUGUUUAUGGAUAUGUUUUUGAUUUCGUUCUCAAGAGCCAUUUUUAUACGGGAGGUCGAGGUAUUUUUUGAGCCGUAGAAUAAAACGUAAGCAAUCACUGCUACCUGAACACUACCUUAAUGUCAUCUUUGAUGUUGACGGCACAACAGAGGAUUCUUCUGGAAGACUUUUGCGAGUCACUGAACAAUACAGCGCCAGCCUCUCUGCUCGUACAUCAGCAAGGAAUCGCAUCACAUCCCAUGCAUUUUCCAUAACUCACAGCAUUCAUUCCAGAAUAUAAACAUUUUUACUACCUCUAAAAGAAAGUGUGAUUUUGAAAUACACAGGAUGAAGAUUCAUGUGGUUCUUCAGCCUCGCUAAGGUUGCAAUAGGGUAGUUUUCAUGCUCCAUUUAAAAGGGUAUAUUCAUUAUAUUUUAUGCAAAAGGCAAAUAUCCACACUUGGACACAUGGCUUAUUUCACUUUAAAAGUCUACACAUCAUUUAUAUUUGUAUCAUAGCAUGUUAUUGACAGAGUUCUUGAAAUAGAAAAGAAUGUUAUGCAAUAAUAAUGUCCGUGUUGUUUUAUGAUGUCUUACUCUGAAAACAAAAAUUACAGCUCAUAAAUAUAUAAACUAGAUACAUUCUAUAGACUUAAAAUGAAAUAUUCUUACAAUAUAUUGCAAAACUGUGACAAUUUUCUAAGAGCUAGACUUGAGCUUUCCCUGUUACAGAUCAUUCUGAGUGUAAAUAACCUUUAUAACAUCCUAUAGAAUCAACCGAUAUUACAUUUGCAUAGUGGUUUAUCUUAGUAUAACUGUAAGCUCUAUUCAAUACCAGUAAGGUUGUUGGUGAACUCUCAGGAAAUGUAUCUCAUUGACUUCUGCUUUAUUUGAAGGUUUGUGGCUAAGCGCUUCUAAGAUCAUCCAAUUCGACUUACGGAACCACCAUUUUGUUCGUUUGCGAUUAUUUUAAGCUCCUGAAAAAUGUGACCACGUCAUUGUUUUUCUUUGGUUCAUCUUUGCUUGCAUUCAUCAAAUGCUGACUAUAUAGUCACCCACAUGUUGUAGUUAGAUCCAUGUUAAAUUAUGGUUCAUUGUAAAAAGAUCCAAUGUAUUUUUUUUUUUAACAGCUGUUGUUUUUCUCUUUUGUAAUGUACUUUUCUUCCUUCAUAAGUUUUAGCAGAUGUUUGUAUUGAAUCAUUACGAAUUGGUUGAUUUUUGUUUUUUAUUGUUACUUUUUUGGGGUUUCUUCAGUAGCUGUUGUGUUGUAUGCAUGUCUAGUUUUACAAAUGUAAGGCACUGUCAUGUAUUUAAUUUGUAAAUGUCAAACUGGGACUUUGUGGCCACAUUUUAUAUCAGCUGCAGCAAACCACAUCAAUGUUGUCAUGUUCAUACAUGAUCAUUUUUUUUUUUUUUUUUUUAAUUUUUUCCAAUGUAAUUUUUUUCCCUCAUAAACCCCAUCCAUUGCAUCAGGAUUUAGGUACACACUGGUUAUGAUCAUACAUGUCAGCUAAAUUUAAUCUUUUUUUAUUUUUUUUAUAAAUAUAAGACCAAAAUUUCAAUCAUUUUUGCAAUUAAAAUAUGACUGUUGAGGCAAAUUUAGCUGCUACCCUCAAAUGAAUUUAAAUCCAAACGCACAACUUCACCUUUAAGUAAACACUCUCUCGUCAGCAGAAUUGAUGCCUUAUCCUCUGUGUUGUGUUUUUCCACAUAAGUAAAUCUAUUGAGUCAAAAAUAGAGAAGCAGAAUACGAAAUAUAAAGAAAAAUAUGUUGUUCAGUAGAGUGAUUAUCAGUGCAUGCAGCAAUGUGAGAAUCUUAUGAGGGCCAGUGUUGUUCUGGUCUCGAUACUAACACGGGUUUUUGUGAUGUUCCCUCUGUCCUCAGUAAUCACAUCAUGGUGCUAUAUAUAUAUAUUUGAUAACUCAUUCAUUAGGUCUAUUAAAGGAGAAUUAAGUCUGUAAUUAUAAGUUGGAGAGCUGGCGAUUAUAACUUCAGAUCUGUAUUUUGGAUACAAGUAGCCGAAAUCCUUUGUUAUAACGAUGAAAAAAAAAAAACUAACAUUAACCCUCAUAGUACAUAGGAGGUGAGGGUGGUGGGUUUGUAACUUUUUUGAUAGAGUCUGUAUUUGGUCUUUGCUUUAUUUCUAAUGAUGAUGAUGAUGAUGUGUGCUGUGAUAUAGGGUUUGAUAGCUUAUAUGUAUAUAGUUCAACUGUGGGGGGGAAAGCUUUUGUUGGUCAAAUUUUAUGUUAAUUUGUUUACAAGCAUUUCGAACUGUUUCCGCAUGGCUGUGAAAAUGUAUCUGUUGAAUUUGAAAAAAAAAGACAUUUUUACACUGAAUUAAAAAGGAUACUAAACAUUUA